AGCUACGACUUGCCGGUGGCUACAGUGGUAUCCUACAAUAAAUCGUUCAGGAGCUACAUUGAUUCUACAUUUAUCCGUAUUUUAUGCUUAUAAAGUUUGUGUUAGACGACUAAAUUAUUUUAUGCACAAUGCCUAGUUUUAACGUGCAACCGUACAUUAACGCCAGGCGUUGUAGCGGUUUGAUUGGUUUAGCUGUAAGCAUCAACUAAGCUACAAUAAAUCAACUUGCUAAUUUUAAAAUGCUAAACGUCACGAAAAUCGACUGAUGCUAUGUGAAAGCAUGAAACAGCACUAACAUAUCUGUAGCCAUCUUGACGUCCUGCAAUCGUGAAAGUCAUUGUGUCCUGCACAUGAAUUCUCGGCGGUAUAUCGGUGGUUACCAAUGGAGACAGGAGACGCCUAAUCUGAUUUAGCUAGCUAGCUAGCUAGCUAGCUAAUCUUACAUUUAACGCUAACGGCAGAGAUUUCAUCAUGACUACAAUACCAAAAGGGAAACCAUCUAAAAGAGAUGGUGAUGAUGUGCAUAACAACAUAUUUGAUGAGAAAAAACGUCCCGUAAGGGUGAAAGCAACUCGCGGUGGACCACUUAAUCGCUCAUCAGCCACAGAAAAAAUCUUCAGUAUGCUAGAGGAGGAAAUAAAUGUGGAUGAUGAGGACACUGAGGAUUCAGCAGCAGAUCCCAAUGAGAUACUGAAGAACAUAAAUGACAUAGAUGAUAUGGAUGCAGAGCUUUUUGCAUCAAAGAAAAAACCCAGUUCAGCUCCUUCACAAACAAAGUCGUUUCGUAAUGAAGCAUCAAAGAAAGACUUCACUGCAUUAGAAGAUAAUGGAAAACCAGAGGGAGCAGACAAACCCAGCGCAGGAGAGUUGAAGCCAAACUCUGCACCUUCUACGUCUACAGCACGGAACUACAAGAAGUUCACCUUCUAUGACAGUGGUGGUGAUGAUGAAGGAUUUGAUCAGACACCUGACAAUAAAGAUCUUGACAACCCCCAGGCUGACCUGUUUGAUGAACUGCUUCCAGAUGAAACCAAGCCUGAAUCUAAAGCUGGCAUGCAGCAGACCAAACCCGAAAAAUCUGUGCAAUCUUUGUCAGCAUCUCCUAUUCUAAAAACUAAAGCAGCAAAGAAACGAGGUGAACUUAUAUUUGAUGAUGAUAAAGAUGACCUGAUGGGCGCGCUCGGAUUUGACAGUGAUAAAAACAAUCCCAAGAAAAAAGAGUCUCUGCUUUGGUCCAACAGGGAAAGGAGCGAGGCCCCUCAGAAAGCUCGUACUAGAGUAGAAGAGAUUCUGGAGGGUCUGACUUCACCUCAUCUUCUGGAGAGACGACCCACAGGUGAGAGGAAGGACCGACCUCUGCCUCAAGAGAAGCAGCAGCAGCAGCAGGAGAAGCCCUCCGGUAUGAAAGAAGCACUUUUAGAAGAUGACCUCACAUUUGGAUCCUAUCAGCCCACUUUUGGAUCUGCACCUGAAGGACGCCAAUCCCGCAGACAGUCUGUCAGAUUUUCCACAGAGGAUGUCAGUGCCUCUACUCCAGAGAAGAAAUCAAAACCCACCACCCCUACUUCCACUCGACAUCAAAACUCAUACGACUGGCUAGGCCUCAAGGCAGUUGAUGACAAUACCUUUUUAGAGGAUGAUACCAAAGAGACCAAGACAUCAGCAGCAUCUCCAAAGGCUCCCUCCUCUCCUUUAAUUGAGAGAAAAUCCUCCCUGACUGAUAGUCAUGCCCCAGCAGCUGCAAAAAUGGCAGCAGGCACCCAAGCCCCAAAUGUUAUUAAUAUCACCAGACAAGCCAAGUCAGAGGUUUCCAAAAGCCAGAAGAAAGAAGAUGAGAAGGAGGAGGAGGAGGAGGACGACUGGUUAGCGGGAGCGCUCAGC